AUGAGGUAUGGGGGAGUGAUACGAAAUAGUGCUGGGGGCUGGGUAAAGGGUUUUUCUAAGGGUUUCCACCUCACCACCAACAAUUAUAUGGAGAUUCUAGCCCUCAAAGAGGGACUACAGCUUGUAGAAGAAUCUAAUUUCACCCCUAUUGAAAUAAAUGUUGAUUCUUUAAAAGUAAUCCUUAUGCUAGAAAAAGAAAAUUCAAUGUAUAAUGAGGGUGUUGAUGAUUACAGGUCAAGACUAAGAAGGCUAGGCAACCCGCGAGUGCUCUACUGUUAUAGAGAGCGAAACAGGAUGACGGAUGCUUUGGUAAAGCUGGGAGCCAAUUCUGACAUCCAACAGGGAAGCAUGCUUUUUGAAGUUCCACCCAUGUGUGCUCGAAAUGUUGUUUGGGCAGAUAUUGCAGGAACUCAUUUUGCAAGAAUGAUUAAAACUAGUUUUGAGCAUUCCCAAGAGGAAUUGCAGACUUUUGUUGUACUAAAUCUCGAUUGA